AAUUUUCUCAUAAUUAUGAUCAUGGCAAUGAUUUGACAUAAUGGCGCGCGCCCAGGAUAAAGAAAAAAAAAGACCAUUUCCAUCCAUGCCAACAAAUGAAAUGACGUUGUCGUUGUUACCGUUAGUUUUUCUGUAUAGUUCGAUGAAUAUUUGGCCAAAAAAUCAGAUGAAGAAGCAAAAAAAUCGAACACCAACAAGAUUCGACUCGGUUUAUUUUACAAAACAAAACAAAAACUUAUACACAAAACAAUCCUCUCUUUCUUUGUGUGUUCAAUUUUCUGCAUUUUGUAAUCAUUUUUUUUCAUUUUUUUUCAUUUUUCUGUUUGCAUUCAUAACCAACUACGACUACUACGAUGAUGAUGGAAAUGAUUUCGGAUCUGGAUGAAAUCCAUGAAACCAUCAUCCAACAAAUUACAAAUUCGUUUCAUCUUUUUCGAUAUCGUGUUAUUGUUCCGUUUGAUUGAAAUCCAUUGAUGUUAUCUUUUUAAUUAAUUAUAAUAUCGUCGUGUGUGUAUACGGAUUAUUAUCAAUGUUCGUUGAUUGGUGGUCGUUCAACAAACGCAAAACAGCAACAUUAAUAACAUAUCGAUUGGUUUUUCGUAUAAAAUUUAUUUUUCCUAAAAGAAAACUGAUAUCAUCCAUUUAUUUGUCAAGAAUAAUAUAUUAAAAAUUUUUUCAAUCAAAAAAAUGAUGGAAAAAAAUUUUGAAGGUGAUUACAUUAAAAAGCCAUCAUCUUGUAUCAUUCAAUAUCAAGAACAAUCAUCAAUGCCAUCAUCGUCAUUGCAACAAGAUAAUAGCCACAGAAAUGUUGAUUUAAAAAUUCAUCUGAAUUCAACCAUACGACCAGCAAAGAUUGGUAAACAGCCAUUAGGAUUGAUAAAAUCAUCGUUUUCUGGUCUAAGAGAACGUUUAAAAAAACGUUAUCUGAUUCUAUUGAUGUGUAUGAUGAUGAAUGCAUUAUCCUAUACGAUACGUACAAAUAUUAAUAUAACAAUCGUUGCAAUGGUAUUGGAAGAUGAUGAACGUGUUAAUCAUACGAAUGUACAUGAAAGUUGUCCAUCUAAUCAUGUUGCUGUAUCAUCAUCAUCAUCAUCAUCAGAUGUUAUCAAUCAUCUACCUCUUUCACUAAAUGAAUCAUUUGUAUAUAAUAAUGUUAGAGAACAUGAUAAUAUUGUUAUAAGCUAUAAUGAAGGUGGUCUUGAAUUAUUUGAUUGGAGCGAAUCACUACAGGGUACUAUUCUAGGUGCCUAUUAUUAUGGAUAUAUUCUUACCAAUUUUAAUGGUGGACAAUUGGCUGAAUGGCUUGGCACGCGACGAUUAUUGACAAUCUCUAUGUUAUUAUCAUCAAUAUUAACAUUAUUAAUUCCUUGGGCUGCAUUCUGUCAUCCUUGGUUAUUGAUAAUGAUUCGAAUUUUGACUGGUGUAGCUCAGGGAGUCAUCACACCAGCCAUCUAUCAACUUUUAUCCUAUUGGAUACCAAGAAAUGAAUUAGGUCUUGCGUUUGGAUUGAUACCAGCCAGUGGUUAUAUUGGAGCAGUCAUAACUAUGCCUGUCUGUGCCUUUCUUUCAGAAUACAGUUUUUUUGGUGGAUGGCCUUCUGUUUUCUAUGUUUCUGGCGCUGUUGGAAUGCUUUCAUUAUUACCAUGGCUUUUUUUUGUUUUUGAUUCACCUGAUGCUCAUCCACGUAUAACGGAAAAUGAAUUUAUCUAUAUAAAAGCCAAUUCGAUGGCACAGCGGAGAGGUUCGCGAAUAGGUGAAAAAUCAAACACAUGGGUACCAUGGUUAUCCAUAAUUUCAUCGCUAAAAAUCUGGGGUAUAACCAUAUCGAAAUUCUGUACAUCAUGGGGCAACCUUUUCUUAAUGUCUAAAUUGCCAACAUAUUUAAGCCAAGUUUUAAACAUGCCAAUAACAUAUAAUAGUUAUGUCAAUGCUUCUAUUUACAUAUCGUUAGGUGGUUCAAUGUUUUGUUGGGGAUCGGUCGCCGAUUGGGUUGAACGACGUCAAUGUCUUGGCCGUACGGCAUCACGUAAACUAUUUCAAACGAUUGCUUUAGUUGGUUCGGCUGCAUUUCUAGCUUCAAUACCAUUAUUUGGUUGUCAAAUCAUUCCAAUCAUAGUUAUGCUUAACCUGUCGAUGAUUACGCUUGGCCUUACGGCCGGUGGUGAUUCAUUAAUUAUUGUGGAUGUAGCACCAGAUUAUUCUGGUUCAAUUUAUGGAUUUGCGAAUUCAAUUGCCAGUCUUCCAGGAUUUUUAGCUCCAAUGUUUGUUGGUUUCAUGUUGGAUCUGCCUCAUGAUGACGAAAUGAAACAAUGGAGUAUAUUAUUCUGGAUCGGUGCUGGCAUAUACGUGAUAGGAUCAAUAGUGUUUAUUCUGUUUGUCGAUGCUAAACCAGAAUCUUGGGGCAAACAACAAUCACGACCGUUGCAAUCUAUUCAUAGUGAAUCAAAUUCAUUGGAAAAUCAUCAGCAUCAAGAAAAACAGCAGAAACAAAUCGAUUCACAAAUAUUCGAAUCAGAUCCAUUAUCAAAUACGACUACAAGCUCAUCAUAUUCAUCAUCAUCUACAAAUGAAUCAAUUAAAAGUACGGCAACACCUUCGGCAAUAAUCAUUGUCAAAGCGGAUAAUAAUCAUGUUCAGCAAUCAACAAUAAAUAAUGUGAUUAAAAGUGAUAUAAUAAAUGGCCAAGGGCAAAAUCUUGUCUGAAUGAAUGAAUUGAAAGAAUUUUGGCCCUAAUAUUUGGGAUUUUGAUAAUAUUAUUUUAUUAUAUAAAAUUAAUUAUCUUUUUGAAUAAAAAAAUGAUUUUGUAAAUUUUAAAAAUCGGUUAUUACAAACAUCAACAGAUGGCGACAUUAAAAUGUUUCUAUAUAAAUUAUGUGUGAACAUUAUGAUUUUUGACAAAACUGUUGAAAAGAAAAACA